AUGGAAACAAUAAAUGCCCAUGCGGCUUUUCUUUGCAAUUAUGAAGUUAUGCAAAUUCUACAGCAAUUAAAGGAUACUACUCAGAAAAAACAUAAAAGAGAGGGGUCAUUAGCUACUGUUACAUAUGAGACUGUACACUAUCUUCAGGACACUGAAUGUAAAAAUCAAUCUGAACAGUCUAUACAGAAGUUCCUAGAAGCAAUGAAAAAAUUCAAGUUAACAAAAAUGGAGAAAUUGAUGAUGGUGAAUACUCCUCCAAGAACAGAAUUAGAAAUACAAUUGAUUGUCCAAGAAAGUGAAGAAAGGCUUUCAGAGGAAGAUGUUAGAAGCAUCAUAGGCAUAGUCAAUGAAAUCUUUCCAGCCAUUGUUACGUGA